UUGUAGAAUACUAGUACCAUCGGGCACACUUAUCCGGCAGCGCCAAGUGGGGUUCAGUCAUGUCGGCACCUGCUAUGGGGACCACGAAGACGGCGCACAGUGAUGUGGCCCCGAAGAAAAAGAGGGGACCGGGUGCACUGGCUACGGCGUAUCUGGUUAUAUAUAACGUGGUAAUGACAGCUGGGUGGCUGGUCAUAGCCGUGGGCCUGGUGCGGGCCUACUUGGCCAGAGGCAGCUACCAUGGCCUGUACUACUCUAUAGAGAAACCACUGAAGUUUUUCCAGACCGGAGCUCUUCUGGAGAUAUUGCACUGUGCAGUAGGGAUCGUGCCGUCCUCAGUAGUUUUAACAGGGUUUCAGGUCUUGUCACGAGUCUUCCUAACCUGGGCCGUGACACACAGUGUUCGAGAGGUCCAGAAUGAAGACAGUGUCCUGCUCUUUGUGUCAGCCUGGACCAUCACAGAGAUCAUCCGUUACUCCUUCUACACUUUCAGUCUGCUCAACCACCUGCCCUACCUCGUCAAAUGGGCACGGUACACAUUCUUCCUAGUGCUGUACCCCAUGGGAGUAACUGGCGAACUGCUGACUGUCUAUGCAGCCCUGCCCUACGUUCAGAAGACAGGCCUCUACUCUGUCACCCUUCCCAACAAGUACAACUUCUCAUUCGACUACCACACCUUCCUCAUCCUCACCAUGGUCUCCUACAUUCCAUUGUUUCCUCAGCUCUACUUCCACAUGAUGCGUCAGAGGAAGAAAGUCUUGUGCCAUGUGGAGGAGUACAAAACAGAGUAAACAAACACAAUGACACACAGCAGCCUAAUCACUUCAUGACACGGGCAGGAAUGGAAACAGACGAGAACCUUUUAAAUUGGCCAAGCAUGUUUUUUUAAUAGAUUUUUUUAUUUUUAUGACUGCUUGUUGAAAUAUCAUAGAAAGCCAUCUCUUUUUCAGAUCAAGAAAAUAAUAUGGGGAAUGGGGAUGAUCGAUCUAACUAUGGUUCUUGGUAAUCACUUGGGUCAGUUUUGGACUGUUGCCUGGUUAAUCAGAUGCUCAAGUCAUUUACAAUAUACAAACUGCUUUUUGUUUUCCUUUAUAAGCCUUAUGAUCCCUGGUCAAAAGUUGGACACUAUAUUGGGAAUAAAGUGUCAUUUGGGACGCAGAAAUGCUUUGUGCUCAAAUGAAUAGUUGUUAUUUUUGUUAAGAUAGAAGGUUCCAUAUUAGUCUGACUCUCAACUGAGCACUAUGCCUGUUAAAUGAUUUGAGUCAUUUAUUUUUUAUCUGCAGAACUUCUGAUCAAAUUCCCUGUUUUGGUGUAAUAAAACUAUUUGAUUUUAUUCUGUG